AUGCCCUUCAACAUAUGGCCCGAUUCUGUCACUCGAGAUUACGACGCUCUUAAGUCGCUUGACGGUGAUGGACAUCGACAUGUGCCAGAAACGCCUCGCCAUGGUCUCUUGACCCUCCUCAGCUAUCCCCGACAACGAUACUCGCAUCGUCGCCAGGUCAGCCUUUCGAGACUGCGAACACGCAAAGCCUUCUGCUCAGCAUCCGCAAUCCUCCUCUUCACCAUUGUCGGUUAUUUGCUGCUCUCUCUCCCUAUACCUUCCAUUCGAGAACCUCCUUCCCAGACGAAGCCAACCUCAGACCCGCAAGAUGAAUUCACAACAGUCCCAUUGGGUAAAUCGACCGCGCGCUUUAAUAGAGAGUUCUUCUGGUGGGAGCAGUUUCCAACUUUACACGGUUUCUUUCGAGGCCACAAUAGUAUCGUCCCCUUGAACGAAUACCUUCCUGAACAGCAACAUGUGCAGGAAGAAUCCCUCCACUCGAACUCCACCUCAACCACUGUGCCUCCCUUGACCCAAGUCCGUCUUCCUUUGACCGAUACCUUUCAGCCUUGCUACUUGGAUGAGCAAAGGGAAAUUCUCCCUCCACCAAUCUCGGCAUAUCAAGGCUUGCCACAGGGCUUCCCUGCUCCCUUGCUGGGCUCCCAAGACGAAUUAGGCUUUGAACCAGUUUGCUAUGACCGAGUCAAUCGCUUCGCCUCAUACGGCUAUGGCUUCACCAAAGCCCAAGGUGGUCUCGGCAUCGAGCUCAAAGGUGACAAUGCCGGUCUCAACAGUGUCCUCGGUCGCGAUUUCACCAAGGUCCAGUGGAACGACGCCCAGCAGCGAUGUUUGUCUACCAACCGCCACAACCUCACCUCCCGAACCGCAUUUGUCAUUCGCACCUGGCACAGCUAUCAAUAUACUGAGCAUGACAUCUUGAUGUUACGCGCCAUCGUCAGCGAGCUGGCCUUGUCCUCUGGCGGCCAGUAUACCGUCCACUUUCUCAUCCACGUCCAGGAUGAAUCCUUGCCCAUAUGGACCUCACAGACAGUCUACGAUCAAGUGCUGAGAGAAAGUCUGCCUCCAGAAUUCCAUGGCAUGGGUACGCUCUGGUCCGUCCCCCAGAUGAUGACUGUUUACCCUCCGCCAUUCCCCGACUCCAUUGUCAAUUUCUCUGGAGGUGAAAUUUAUGAGGCUUAUCGCUCCCUUCACUUUCCCUUCCAACACUUUGCCACAAAUCAUCCCGAGUAUGACUACUUCUGGCACUGGGAAAUGGACAUUCGUGUCACUGGACACUACCAGCAGCUGCUUCAUCAAAUCGCCACCUGGGCUGAUGAGCAGCCUCAACAUUUGGCCUGGGAAAGGGCCUCUCGCUUCUUUGUUCCCUCGCUGUUUAACAAUUCUUACGCCGAGUACGCUCAAGCCGUUGCCGAAGACGUACGAAGCUCUGGAAAGGAUCCAAUCUCCGGACCGCAGUUGGCCCAGGAAACGCUCUUGGACGUCCCUGAACAAGCAGCUUCCCACUCAAGCGACGGUAUCACCGACCUCAUCACAUUCGAUCCGCUCUUCGACCCAUCCAAAAGUCGAUGGGCGUUCCGUGAUGACAUCACCGGAUACCAUGUCGAAAAGAAUGGCGACAACCGACCUCCAACUCGCGCGGCAUUGAUCACUGCGUCACGCCUCUCACGUCGUUUGCUUGUACUCAUGCAUAACGAGACCUAUCUGAACAAGCACACCAUGUUUCCCGAGAUGUAUCCCGCAUCAAUCGCACUGCAUUAUGGUUUGAAAGCCGUCUAUGCCCCUCUUCCGGUCUACUUCGACCGUGACUGGCCCGCAGAUCACGCGAACGAGAUCUUCAAUAAUGCACCUGUCGGUUCUGAGGGUCAAGAUGCAGGCAUGGACCAUGGCAAUGGGUUCUUCCACGGGCCGGGCGGCAGCGUCUUCGGUCCAGGAGAACAUGUCUUUCGAGGUUCGACCUAUUACUCAAAUGCCAUGUUUGCUGGCUAUCUGUGGCGACGAUGGCUAGGCAGAGAAAACCGUAACGGCGAGAUUGCCUGGGAACUCGGUAAAGGUGGUGGCAGGAUGUGUUUGCCCAUGAUGAUCCUGCACCCCAUCAAAUCCGAGUGA